AUGCAAUUCCUAGAACUUGCCACUUUGGCUCAACUUGUCACCUCGGUGAGCGCUCUUGCUGUCGCAGGGUCCCGGAACAACGUAGUCAAGGCUCGUACUACCCCGGUUGUUGCUUCUGCUACUGCGAUUUCUGCUACAGCGAUUUCUGCCAGGGAGUAUCCUACACCGUACCCUUCGCCUUCCUCUACUGGAGAGCCUCAAUGCUCGGGGUACUAUACAUUCUCCCCAAGUGAAUGGAACGAGUACGGAGUUACCGCCGAUGGACCCGUGGGGACUUGUGUUGCGGAUGACUCUAGCAAUAGCAAGGGUACCUGCAUUCAUGUCAGCAGCGGCUGUAUUGCGAUUAAUGAUUCACCGCGCUGCCAGAAUAGCUUAGCUGGACCCUAUAACGUCGCGGAUGAUGACACUCCACGUCACAUUAGCUCUGCUUACAUCUAUUCCAAGUUUGACAGUGGUAAUCAUGAUUCCGAAGCGACUCCUGGUUGCGAGCUCUUUGUGACGUGGCCUGGUGCUUGGGGUGACCUGGACUUCACUGAUGACUGUCUCACGGAUCGCACUGGAGUGUACAAGCAGUGCUGCUCUGACGAGACGAUCGCUACGAAGUCGGUCAUCAAUCCAUAUUCCGUGCGCAAUGGCUUUAUUCCAAGAGGCAAUGGGUUCGUAUUUUGA